AUAAUUCUUUCGGCAAGGAAAAAGUCGCAAAGGCAUCUCACUCUGGAUAAUACUGUUCAAACUCAAUCCCGGCGGAGCACCUUUAUUAUCAAACCCUGACGCAGUGGUGGGUGGGGGUCAGGCGGCGUAAGGACAGACCCAGAGUGCUGAAAGUCCACGGCCGCUUUCCUCCUCUGAAGACGUAGCUGUGGGUGGCUGUGGUGGCAGCGUUUAAGAUGUCGACCAAGAAUUUCCGAGUCAGUGACGGUGACUGGAUUUGCCCUGACAAAAAGUGUGGAAAUGUGAACUUUGCCAGAAGAACCAGCUGUAAUAGAUGUGGACGGGAGAAGACAACUGAGGCUAAGAUGAUGAAAGCAGGGGGAACUGAAAUAGGGAAAACACUUGCAGAGAAGAGCCGAGGCCUAUUUAGUGCUAAUGACUGGCAGUGUAAAACUUGCAGUAAUGUGAAUUGGGCCAGAAGAUCAGAGUGUAACAUGUGUAAUACUCCAAAGUAUGCCAAGUUGGAAGAAAGAACAGGAUAUGGUGGUGGUUUUAAUGAAAGAGAAAAUGUUGAAUAUAUAGAAAGAGAAGAAUCUGAUGGUGAAUAUGAUGAGUUUGGACGCAAAAAGAAAAAAUACAGAGGGAAGGCAGUUGGCCCAGCAUCUAUUUUAAAGGAAGUCGAAGAUAAAGAAUCUGAGGGAGAAGAAGAGGAUGAGGAUGAAGAUCUUUCUAAAUAUAAAUUAGAUGAGGAUGAGGAUGAAGAUGAUGCUGAUCUCUCAAAAUAUAAUCUUGAUGCCAGUGAAGAAGAAGAUAGUAAUAAAAAGAAACCUAAUAGACGAAGUCGCUCAAAGUCUCGAUCUUCACAUUCACGAUCUUCACGCUCAUCCUCCCCCUCAAGUUCAAGGUCUAGGUCCAGGUCCCGUUCAAGAAGUUCUUCCAGUUCCCAGUCAAGGUCUCGUUCCAGUUCCAGAGAACAUUCGAGAUCUCGUGGGUCGAAAUCAAGAUCCAGCUCCAGAUCCCACAGGGGCUCUUCUUCCCCACGAAAAAGAUCUUACUCAAGUUCAUCAUCUUCUCCUGAGAGGAACAGAAAGAGAAGUCGUUCUAGAUCUUCAUCUGGUGAUCGCAAAAAAAGACGAACAAGAUCACGGUCACCCGAAAGCCAGGUGAUUGGUGAAAACACUAAACAACCCUGAGCCCAGGGCCAACCCCUCGGAACACCACUACUUUACCCAGGCACCACAGGUCAUCUUCUGGAUCAUCCCAUUCUGGUUCCCGUUCAAGUUCAAAAAAGAAAUAAUGUAUUAAAAUUUACAUCUUAAAAAAAAUUCAGUACAGUGCAUGAAGCAUAAUUUUUAAGAAGUUGGUGUCUUACUUGUUCAGAAGUGCUAGUAGAGGUGCAUGCCUUUCAUUGCUUUUCAGAACAAUACAGCUGUGUUUAUUUGUGAAAUUAAAAGUAAAUAGUAUUUUAAGCCAUAAUGUCCCCAAAUAGAUGCUUUAUUUGUCCUUCUUUAUUUACAACCAUUUAUUUAAAACCACCUCAGCUAUAACAAAGUACUUUUUUUUUUACUUUGUUUUCUAAUUUGAACUAUUGUUUUUCUCAUUUCCAAAUAUGAACUGUUUAUUGACUUAAGAGAAGAUUACCUGAGGCUUGCCUGAGCAUGGAGGCAAGACUGGUGAAGUAGUUGGAAACAAUCUCAUUAUCUUAAUCUGAGAAAAGGUGUCACCCUGUUCCUGUUAAAGUUAAACUAAUUGUAAAACAGUCAACUAGAAACUUCAUUUUGAAAUUCUCUGUGGUAAGGAUGCCUUAGAAUCAUUGCCUUUUUUUAUUCAGUUUUACUUUUUGCAACACAUUUAAUGCAGAAAAAUCUUGUGAACUUACAGGAGAAAGAUAUUCAUUUCAUGUUUUCUGACAUAAUUUUGAGCAAGAAUAUUUAACAGUUCAUUUUUUUCUGAUAUGGUUGUCUGAUGAGAAAAGCAUCUUAUUUCAAAGUGUCUAUCUUAAUAUUUUUAAGAAGCUGUGUGUUAGUUACAUCCUUUAAAAAUCCAAUUUUCACAUAUAAGGUAGACAGAGCUAAAUUAUAGUUAAUGAAGAACAAAUUGAAGAAAGCUUUUGAGGUAUAUUUUUCUUUGGGUGAAAGACCAACAGAGACAUUGUUAAUUUAAGUAAACAAGUUAUGAGAUGUUUAAACACACUGCAUAAAAUUCUUUUCUGAGUAAUGAUUAUUUCUGCAUAACAGAAAUAAUUGUUCACUUGAAAUUACUUAUGGCUUAAAAUACUGUUAGAGUUUGCUUUAUUUCUCAAAAUUAAAAUCUGGUCACUUGAUCUUUAUGUGUCUUCUGGUUUAAAAACAAAAGGGUUUCUCUUACCAGUAUCUUCAGUGACAAUGCAAGGUAAGUAUAUUAAGGAAAACCAACAAUUGUGCUUGGGGACUUUUUGUCAUGGGAAUUAACACCCAUUAUUAUUGUUCCUUUUUUUUUUAAACAUGUCUUCUGCAAUUAAAAAUUAAAACAUUAUAAGGUAUUUUGUAGACAGACCAAACAUAAUUGUAUUUGUUUUUUUAUUUUAAAAUGAGUGAUUUUUCUCUCACCUGAUUUAAAGAUGGAAACAAAAUAUCUUAUGUAGAAAUAUUUUGAUAAUAUUUUUACAAUGAACUUUCCCCUUGUUUUUUUACAUCUUUCCUUUGCUACGUUUACUGUAGUUUGCACAAGAACUUUUCUCUCUUGUAAUUGUGCCUCAGACUUCUUGAAAGUCCACCUUCUAAAUUGCCCAGAUGAUCAUCUAGAUUCUACAUGUUACUGUUGGUUUAUUCUUGUGCUUUCUGUAUUAAAACUUUGGCUGUACUGAGCAAAUGCAAGGUUAUAAAUUUAGCAAAUAGUAGUUUGCAGACAAUUCAGAUGAUUAUGAUUUCAUUUGGUUUAACUAAGCUGUACUAGUCCAUUUCAUAAGGAAAUGAUGCUGUAGACAAAUGUAAAUAAAGCUUGUGGGUCAAGCAUCAAGUGGUGUUUGUUAGAAAUAAAUUAGAAUUUUUAAGCUCUGA